AUGGAGAAGGGAAAAGAGGAUUUGAGUGAGGAGACAUCUUACACUUCUGUAGAAGCAACAAAAACAGAGACUUCAGCAUCCAACCCAGACGAUCCCCUCUCCUCCCUGCUUCCCAAAGCCCUGUCCGCAGUUCUCCAUCAUAACAUCCCCCCUGGACACGGCAGGAACCAUCCUACCAGACUGACCAAUCAAAACUCAACACCAAACUCCCCAGACCUGAAGCAGCUACAGAACGAGCUCUUAGUCCUGAAGGGGCAGUUCGAGCAGAUGAAGGCUCAGCACAAUAAAGAAAUCAAGCUGCUCAUGAACGAGUUGGAUGAGGAGAAGAAAAUACGCUUGACUCUGCAGAUGGAGAUCAAACACAUAAAGAAGCACAUGUCCAAAUGA